CAUCGCCCGGCAUUAGUCGACGAAUACCUCAGCUGCCAGCAUUCGCUCUCAUGCGAACAGUGUGUGGGAUAUUUUUAGAACGGCCUUCUACCGCACUGCCCUGUAAUAAAUGCUGCACGUCUUCUUAUGCAAUAGUCAUGCUAUCUACUGAUGUACUGCUGUGACUUUCAUUGUAAGCUGAUGGGCUCUCUGCCAUGUGUCGGGAGGAUAUAACCACCUUUUUGGAAAUAAGUGGAAUAUUAUAAACGCUGUGAGUGUAACACCAUGGAGAUUCGCUGUUGGAUGCCUGUUUUAUUCCUGCUGUGCGUGAUCACUGCGACGAGAUGCCAGACUACUGUGGAUGCUUCUUCUAUCUCCAUGGGGGAGCAUCCCCGUGAUACCGUAGGAGUGGUAGGGGGUAUUGUAACGUUCAGAUGCGUGGUGCGCAAUAAAGGUGAGCAUUCGGUCUACUGGUUCCGACAUGGUGCCCAUAAAUACCUCAGUAGGGACCGUCGCAUCUUUCACCUCGCCGACAUGGCAGGAUUCAUGAAUCGGAUUUCCAUCCAAGGCAAUACGGGGUACGGUGAGUUCAAUCUCCGAAUUUCCAACGUCUCACUUGCCGACAAUGACCAGUACAGCUGCAUGUAUUUUCUUGGGCAGCAGUUUGUGGGGAUGUCGGAACCGGCUUCCUUGACGGUUUAUAUGCCACCGACUUCUAAAGGACCGAACUGUGAGAUGCAGCCACCCAACGAUGCGCGGCCAGGGAUGAAAGUGACAAUGGUAUGUACCUCGACAGGAUCGCUACCGUAUACCAGACUAGACUGGAAGAAUCGUGUGGAGAUUCUACCGGGUACCCUGGUACAAGGACCACGCCCCAGAGCGCUCUACGAAGUGAGAUUAACAGAUAUGGAUAACGGAGCUACCUUUACAUGUGAGGAGUCGAGUCCUGCUUUGUACCAGCCGCGGACAUGUUUCCUGAAGCCUUUCUUGAUACAGACCAACGUCACUGUUAUACGUGAACCUGAGAGCAUCAGUACCGGAGCGGACGUGGUGGUCAGGUGCAUUGCCAAAGCCAUACCAAAACAGGUGAACUACACCUGGGCUAUCAACAACCGAAACCUCACUGUCACUAACGACCCCAGGAUCAAAUUGGAACAGAAUGGCAGAGUUCUCAGGAUCAUUAAUGUCAAAGCAGAAGACAAUGGAACCUUGAUCACUUGUUCCGCGAAUAACGUCUUGAAUCUAGAAGGGUCGGACUACACCUCACUUACUAUCAACAGCGAACAACUGCAGAGUGUUGCACAGACAGGAGGAUCCUCAAAGCAUAUUGGUAUAAUCAGUGGUAUCGUCGGCACCUUAGCCAUUCUCAUUAUUGUCGCUAUCCUUGCGGUGAGAAAGAAACGUCAGAUGUUGCAGGAAAAACCUAGGAACGUCCAGCGCCAGCCUAAGCAUGUGUCUCGACUGUCUGGGUUCUCUGAUUGUGAGUACCUUGAUGAUCAGGACUUCGGAGGUGUGGCCAUCUGUAACACUCCUCGAGAUGCCAUCGCGGAGCAUCUGAAAGAGAACCCUGAGGACAAAGGUCCGAAUGAUGAUGGCGAGACAGCAGCGAGGGUUCUUCUAGUGGCUGGUCCACCACCUAGGCCAAAACCACCCAAAAAGCUGCCCAUCAUCAAACCGGUUCUACCUCCAAUAUCCCCUGUUAUGCCAAUGCGUGCGACUCCUCCUCCCCUUUCCCCUUCGUUGCCUAGCAACGAGAUGCCAGCAUCCCUUCCCCCAGUGACUGAAUCCCGUCAUAGUCCCGUGAAGACUUUUCCCGCGGGUAGGCUCCCGGGAAUGCCGGGUAAAUACCACGCUAAGGGUCCCUUACCACGCCCUCCCAGACCCCCAACCUCACCCAGGCACCAUCGUUUUCAAAGGAAUGAAUCAGAUCUCCUCAGGUGUUAA